AUGAAUCUGUCCUUUUCUAAUAUAAGCCAAAAAACACAUCCCAACAACCAUAACAACUCUUCGGUAGAGAUCAAAUAA